UAGAAUUUGAAAUGCAAAUCCAUUUCGAAAAACUGUAUUCCUAAUUAAAAGCUACUCAACGAAUUCAUUAACAGUUGCGUAAAUUGGAAAAUUACGAUUUAAUUUCGAAACCAUAAAAUUGCAUACAUGACCAUUGGUUCAGUCAGUCCAGUGUUAGCCGUGCUUUGGAACGGUAAAUUUGUAAAUUUGGUAAAUAACGCAUAGGAAUCAGGUGAACAGCUCGUUAUAUCGGGAUAAGGAAUUUCAUAUAACAAUUUUGGGUUAACCGAGGAAAAGGAGAACUGUGCAAAACGAAAAAUGUCAGCGGCUACGGCUACAGUACAAGAGACCCUUACGCAGGCAACCGCCGCCAGCGGUGGCGGAUUGGGCGCCUUGUGGACAUCGCUGAUCGGUGUAUUGUUGGUUGCGGCCUUAUACGAGUACUGGCGUCGCAGCUCACGCGAAUAUCGCAUGACCAAGAAUAUUCCCAGCCCACCGGAGGUACCUGUUUUGGGUAAUGCUCAUUUGGUGCUGGGCUGCUCGAAUGCUGAGGUUCUGGCUAAGGGCAAUGUCUAUCUUGAUAAGUACGGUGAUACACUACGCGCUUGGUUGGGACAUGUGCUCCUCAUAUUCCUCACCAAUCCCAGUGACAUUGAGAUCAUCUUGAGCAGCAGCAAUCACUUGGAAAAAGCAGAAGAAUACCGCUACUUUAAGCCAUGGUUCGGCGAUGGUCUGCUGAUCAGCAGCGGCAGUCAUUGGCGUCAUCAUCGCAAAAUGAUUGCGCCCACCUUCCAUCAAAGCAUUCUGAAGAGUUUCGUGCCGACUUUCGUGCAGCACUCUAAGAAUGUGGUGGAACGCAUGGCCAAGGAAUUGGGCAAGGAAUUCGAUAUUCACGAUUACAUGUCACAAACUACUGUCGAGAUCCUGCUUACCACUGCUAUGGGCGUAAAGAAGAUCCCGGAUGGUAACAAAAGCUUCGAAUAUGCCAAAGCUGUCGUGGACAUGUGCGACAUCAUACACAAGCGUCAAGUGAAAAUGAUGUACCGCUUGGAUUCCAUUUACAAUUUGACUAAAAUGCGUCAGAAGGGUGACAAGAUGAUGGAUAUCAUCUUGGGCAUGACCAAACGUGUGGUACAGGAUCGCAAAGCCAACUACAAUGCCGAGGGUAAUGCCAUUGUUGAGGAGAUCGAGGAGCCGCUAAAGAAGGCGGCCACUAAAAAGGUCAGCGGACUGCGUGACGAUUUGGACGACAUUGAUGAGAAUGACGUAGGCGCUAAGCGCCGUUUGGCUCUGUUGGACGCUAUGGUGGAGAUGGCUAAGAACCCCGAAAUCGAAUGGAAUGAGAAGGACAUUAUGGAUGAAGUCAACACAAUUAUGUUUGAGGGUCACGAUACCACUUCUGCUGGCUCAAGCUUCGCGCUCUGCAUGUUGGGUAUGCACAAGGAUAUACAGGAGAAGGUGUUCGCCGAGCAAAAGGCUAUCUUUGGCGACAACUUGCUGCGCGACUGCACCUUCGCUGACACCUUGGAGAUGAGAUAUCUGGAACGUGUUAUCAUGGAGACGCUGCGUAUGUACCCACCAGUACCAUUGAUUGCGCGUCGCGUCGACAGCGAUGUCAAGUUGGCUUCUGGUCCAUAUGUUGUGCCAAAGGGCACUACCGUGGCGGUGUUGCAAUAUCGCGUACACCGUCGCCCCGACAUCUACCCCAAUCCUGACAAAUUCGACCCCGACAACUUCUUGCCCGAACGCGCUGCCAAUCGCCACUACUACAGUUUCAUUCCUUUCAGCGCCGGGCCACGCAGUUGUGUUGGUCGCAAGUACGCUAUGCUGAAGUUGAAAGUACUGUUAUCCACCAUCAUUCGCAACUACACGGUGCACUCGAACGAGACCGAGGCGGAUUGGAAGCUGCAGGCUGAUAUAAUUCUGAAGCUGGAGAAUGGUUUCAAUGUAGUGCUGCAGAAACGUCAGCCAGUUGUGGCGUAAGCGUUGCCAAAAAAAAAAAACAAAAAAACCUAUAAACUUUUUUAAAUAAAUUUUGAUCUAACACCUAUGACGAGCUAAAUUAUAACUAAAAUUAAAUCAAAUAUCAUUACAUUUAGUUGAUUAAGAAUGCAUAUGUUUUAUAGUUUAAGUAGAACACCUUCCAAGACAAAAAUAUAAUGCCGGAUAAGCCAUACUUUUAGGGGACGAACGAGGACUAGGCGAAGAGGAAAUGAAACCGAUUGUGAUCAGCGAAAAUGGACGAUUGUUUUUUUUCGGGA